AUUCUGAGUGACUAACACUUGUUAUAUAAAAAACGAAAGUUGCUGAACUGCAUCAAAUAGAUUUCAGACAGUUUUGCAACGCCCGUUGAAAAAUAAUCGAAUUUGAACGGUAUGAUGCAGAUAUGCAUCACCACCAUGUAAAGGGCUAAGCUUAAAAAAGUGAUAUUAAACUGUGAUAUUAAGUGAUAUUAACGUGUAUCAAACCAAUAUAUUAUACUACAGUGACCCCCAAAGAAACGUGUUAAAAAUCACACUAAUAUCGUAAAGUUUCACUUCAAAAAGAACUGACCUGCGUCAUUCCUUCGUUGUUCGCCAGCAAAUUAAGAAGACUUCCUUGUUCGCCAGCAAAGACGAUUUUUUAAAAGUGACAAUUUGUGAAAUAAUUUUUUCCGAAAAAGCCAGAAUGUCAGAGCCAAGUUCGAAAAUUCGCCGCAUCAACUUUUCCGAGUCGGAUAUCACUGCGGAGUAUAUAAUUGAAUCCUUAAAAGAAGAAAUAACUUAUUUGCGUGGGCAGAAUGCUUCUCUGCACCAAAAAUUAGAUUUGAUGGCUGAGAAGCUGGCGGAAAAUAACGCGCUCCUAAAAAUAAGGACGAAGGCGGAGCAUAAGGAAGGGCUAUCGGGGGUUCCCUUCCCCCUUAAGUCAGAUGAUAACUUAAAUCUCUUCGAGGCCACAAUGACGCCAACCCUCCGAGAUUAUUACAAACAAAAAAUAACCAACAUGGCCAAGAACGACCAUUUCGUUAAAGCGGUCCGCAUGGUUCUGGACGAAAAUCUUGUCCAGAACUACAACUUGGAUGGGUCAAGCGGUAAGAAAAGUCUUAAAGGCUUUUCAAACCUUUACCAAAUUUUAAAAGAGGUCUCAGAAGCAGCAGCUCCACUGGAGGAUGCUGAAAAAACAUAAGAAAGGCUAUACACAACAUU